AUGGCCCGUAGGACAGUUUACGAUCAGGCUACCACCGGCUUCGCCGGUGGUAAUUCCCCCAUCACCCUUCCUGAGAUCCCGAACGAUCGGUCUUGGCAGAUUCCAUCCUACCUUAUGACCGCCAUCACCAAUUCCUGCCAGUUCCAUGGUCGUGACGACGAGGAUGCCCCCGCUCAUAUCAAUCGCAUCACUCGUCUCUGCAGCACUUUCUCCAUCGAGGGUGUCAAUCUUGACGCUAGGUAUCUUCAGGUUUUUCCGUUCUCACUUGCUGGACGCGCAGCCGUCUGGUUCGAUUCCCAGCCUGCUGGCACUUUCACUACUUGGGCAGGCCUUCGCGAUGCAUUCUUAGCCAAGUAUUUUCCGCCAACCAAGGCAUCUCGCCUUCGUGACCAGAUUCACUCAUUUCGUAUGGAGCCAGAUGAGCCUUAUCACUUAGCUUGGGAGCAUUUUCAGACCCUGAUUACCCGUUGUUCUCAGCAUGGUCUAUCUGACUGGGCAUUAGUAGAAAAGUUCUACAAUGGACUUACUCCUGAGAUUAGAGCCCGCUUCGAUACUUCGGCAGGAGGUCAGCUUAUGGGAAAGAAGACAGUGGCGGAGUGCAAUGAUUUGUUUGAAAGUUUUGCCCAUUCCGAUAUGGACUACAGUGCUACCAGCAGGACUUCCAUUCCUGUGCGUACCACCUCGGCCAGUCGAGGGGUAAACCAAGUUAGCUUGGAUCCAUCGGUAGCUGCUGUAGUUGAUACUUUGAGACAGGAGUUUAGGCAGGAGUUGAGUGAGUUAAAGAAGAAAGUCGAUAGGUGUGAGGUUUGUCGAGGAGGGCAUGAUACUAUAGAUUGUCCUACGAUCACUCUUGAGCAGGUAGAGUACUUAGCCAGUCAGUCUAGAGGUCCCACGAAUCCGUUCAAUAAUUCUAAUUCCAACUGGCGCGGUAGUGGUAAUUCGAGUGGUUAUCGUUCGUCUGGAAAUCCUCCUGGAUUUCCAUCUGGUCAGUAUCAGAGUAGAGGGCCCGAUACUUACACGAAUUCUGGUUCAGGGCAGUUUAGUGGGUCAGGUUCGAGUGGUCAGUUUUCGAGUGGAGGACCGACUCAGGAGAGUCAGGGUAGUGGGAAGGCUCCUGAGGUUAGUACGAACAGGUUGGAGGAGAUGUUUGCCCAGAUGAUGACACGGACCGAGGCGUUCAUGAAAAAUCAGGAGCAAAAUAACAAAAACAACGAGCUCCAGUUCAAGAAUCAGCAGGCCGCCCUCCUCGAUCUCCAGCGGACAGUAGGCGGGCUUGCUAAGCAGUUACAGGAGCACCCACCGGGUCAGUUUUCGGGAAACAUUUUCCCGAAUCCCGCGAAUCAUUCUGUUAAAGCGAUUACGACCCGUAGUGGGAAGAGUUUGGGAGAGGUUGUGAGAGAAAGAGAGGGUGAAGAAGUAGAGGAGGAAGUCGAUGAGGAGAUUGAGAUGGAGGCUCCAGGCAAGGUGCAACAUAGGCUAGUCCCAGCAAGUACCGCACACGCCAAGGAGUCGCCAGUAGAGAAGAGAGUGGAGAAGCGGUCGAAGAAUGCUCGGCCGCCACCAGUGAUUGAUAUUUCCCGUCUCCCGUUUCUCGCUCGUGCUAGGCAGCAGUUAUUUUCUAGAGAGUAUGAGAAAUUUCUUGAGAUGUUCACCCAGCUGAAGGUGAACCUUCCGUUCAUAGAGGCUUUGAGAUCCAUGCCUAAGUACGCUAAGUUCCUUAAGGAUUUUCUCAAGCGUAAGGAUAAGGUAGGUGAGAGUUCUAGUAAUCCGUUGAGUGGAGAGGUUUCUGCUGUGAUCCUAAAUAAACUUCCUGAGAAACUUACCGAUCAAGGCAUUUUCACGAUUCCUUGUUUGUUUGGUGGUGAUGUUAAAAACCACGCGUUGGCGGACCUUGGUGCUAGUAUUAAUUUGAUGCCAUAUUCAUUCUACGAAAAACUAGGCCUUGGUGAUUUGAAAUCGACUCGUAUGACCCUCUCGUUAGCAGAUAAGUCGGUUAAGUAUCCUAGGGGGGUUGUAGAGAAUUUGUUGGUAAAAGUUGAUAGGUUUGUUUUUCCGGCUGAUUUUGUAGUGUUAGAUAUGGAGGCCGAUGAUAAAGUUCCGUUGAUUUUAGGGCGCCCGUUCUUGAACACGGCUAAAGCAUUGAUAGAUGUCUUCUUAGGCACAAUUACACUUAGAGCGGGUGAGGAGUCGGUAGUCUUUGAGGUGAAUAAUGCGAGAGGGUCGAGUGAGAGAGUUGAGGCGAUAGCAUCGGUAGAGGAGAGUGAGAAGAAUGAGAGAGGUGAGAACAAGGUGGUGAGUGAGCCGAGUUUAGAAAAGGUGUUAAAACCCAAGUAUGGGGAUCCACCUGAUAGGAGAGUCGAAGAGUUGGAAGAGAGAACGAGUAGGUUAGAAUUUAAGUUCGAGAAACUGAGCAAGGCUCAGUGUGGGGAUAGGUAUAGAGAUGAUAUGUUUAUAUUCACACCGUUUGAUGACGAGUUGAAGGAGUUUGAGAGAUUUAGGAGAGAUACGGGUGAUAUGAGAGAUGGUAGUGCUACGGCCCGUGAGAGUUGGUUUGGAGGUGAGCUCCGCUUAUUUGAUCCUCCGUAA